AUGGCCAGCAUCGAUGACCUGCCUGAGAAUGUCCUCCUGGAGUUGUUCUCCCUGGUGCCAGCUCGGGAGCUGCUGAGGCACUGCCGGCCAGUCUGCAGCCUCUGGAGGGACCUCAUCGACCAGGUGUCCUUCUGGAAACGCAAGUGCCUGCAAGAGGGCUUCAUCUCCGAGGAGCAGGACCAGCCAGUAGACGACUGGAAGGUCUUCUACUUCCUCUGCAGCCUCCACAGGAACCUCAUCCGCAACCCCUGUGGCAAAGAUGGGUUGUGUUUUUGGGUAUAUAUUGUGAGAGCAAAAAUUCAUUGGACUGUAGAAAACAUACCUGGACACCAUGGAAAAGAGUUUCCAGACACCCGAGUCAGGGAAUGCUUCCUGGCCUUCUAUGGUGAUUGUCUCAAGUUUCAGAGUGUGAACCUGAAAGACAUGGGCUAUUCUAACGAACUGAUGGACACAGUGAGGCCGGACAUUGUGAUCAAGGACUGGUUUGCUCCCGGUCCUACUACCAUAUAUGACCGUCCCUGGAAAUACCACAUCUGUGUGCGCUUGCUAUCUGCUGACUUUGACAUCCUAGAUGUGUUUGAGCUCACAGAGUUGGUGGCUGAUGGAUGGAGCAACUCUGAGUGGAGAGAGGUCUCCCACACAUUCUCCAACUAUCCCCCAGGAGUCCGUUACAUCGACUUCCAUCAUGGAGGCAGGUCCCCUCUGAACUCGACUAGGCCAUAUGUCUUCAAAGUCACCAACAGCAGCAUCACCAUUGGUCCUGAAAACCUAGCUUGUAGAAGCAGCCAGAUGCAACAACUUGAUCCACACCCAGAUGAACUCAUGUUUUCAUCAUCUUCCUACUUUUAG